CACCCCCGGCGAGAUGAUCUCUGCUACGCUGGGACCAUCAGGAGACACCUUCCUAUCUGAGAGUCCACCUUCAACCUAGAGCCAGCUACUAUGGUAAGGAUCACUCUCUGGUAGGUAGGCACAAGGAUCUCGACCAGCUAUGUAUGGUGGCUACAAUCGGUCAGCGGCGGCGCCGCAUCUGCAUCGGGUUACUUACUCCGUCAACCCUCUGAUACCUAGACACUCAUCAAAUUGCUACAUCUCUUAACUCGGUGCAACGUCGAUCAGCAGUUUUUAGCAGCUCAUCGGUGCGCGUACCGCUUUUAAUAAGACACGUCCGCCCCGCGUGCCCUCGUUCAUUUAGCUUUCAUUCCUAUUGCCCUUGCAUUCCAUUGCAUUAACCCGUGCGCCUUGCUUUGCAAUUCCAUUGUAACAGCAAGCCAGAGGACAACAGGAUGUCGACCAGAGACGGAGUCGAGCGACCGGCUGAGGCCACCGCUCCAGCUUAUGGCACGACCGAGGAUGAGAAAGUUCUUGGCAGACUCACACCCGAUGGCGACAAGCAUGCCGCUCUUCAAGACACAAACGUCCUUCACCAGGACUAUGAGGGCAAGCCUACCGAUGAAGAGUUGGCGACUCUGCGCCGUGUUCCUGGAAAUGUCCCAUGGGUGGCCUACUGCCUUUGCGCUGUUGAGUUCUGCGAGCGUGCCUCGUAUUACGGCUGUGUUACCAUUUGGACCAACUACAUCAACAAGCCCUUGCCUGCCGGCGGAAAUGGUCUCGGUUCACCCCCUUACGGCAGCCAGAUCACUCAAGGUGGUCUUGGUCUGGGUGAGAAGGUGGCUAAUGCCACAACUCAGUCUUUCAACGUGAUUGCAUAUGUACUUCCUCUUCUUGUCGGUUACCUUGCAGACACCAGGUUCGGUCGCUACAGAAUGAUUUUCUGGGGCAUCAUGCUCUGCGGUCUUGGUCAUAUUCUCAUCGUCGUAGGCGGUGCCAGAGAUCUUCUUGCAAACGGUAAUGCGAAGAUACCAUUCUUCAUCGGUGUCUACAUUUUGGCCCUGGGAGCGGCCAUGUUUAAGCCGAACGUCACGCCUCUGUUGCUCGAUCAAUUGUCCAGUCACGUUCCGAUCGUGAAGACUUUGCCUAGCGGCGAACGCGUAAUCGAGGAUCCUGAGCACUCCACUGAAAGAGUGAUGCUUUGGUUCUAUAUGCUGAUCAACGUCGGCGGCUUUAUGGCUACAGCAACUUCGUACUGUGCUCGCCUUAUUGGUUGGUGGUUGGCGUUUCUGCUGCCGCUCAUCCUUUACCUUCCGCUCCCCAUUCUUCUGAUUUGGCUCAAGCCUAAGCUGAUCAUGCACCCCCCUGGCGGCUCAGAUCUUCCCAACAUCUUUAGAGUCAUCGGUCGCUGCUUGAGGAACGGCGGUUGGAAGCGCAUUGGUAGAGCCGGCUUCUAUGAGCCUGCUAGACCUACUUAUCAAGCUGAACAUGGCCUUCAGAUCGAAACCCGAUGGAACGACCAAUUUGUCGAGGAUGUCAAGCGUACCCUCCAAGCCACCGGAAUGUUUAGCUUCUUUCCUGUCCAGUUCUGGAACGACAACGGUAUUGCUAACUCAGCAAACUACCUCGGAACCAUGCUCACGGGCAAUGGCGUUCCCAACGAUGUGAUCGGCAACUUCAACUCUCUGAGUAUCAUCUUGUUGAACCCAGUCCUGAACUUUGGUUUGUAUCCGGCGCUCCGCAAGGCCAAUAUCCACUACGGUCCGGUUGCCCGUAUCACCACUGGCUUCAUCAUCUCCACUCUUGGCGGUAUUGGUUAUACUGUCCUUCAAUACAAGGCCUACGAGACAAGCCCUUGUGGAUACUACGGUUCCACAGACCCAGCAUGUACUGAGACAGGCCUCGUCUCGCCUAUCUCCCUGUGGUGGGAAGCUAUCCCGUACGCCCUCGGUGGUUUCUCUGAGCUCUUUAUCAACGUGCCUGCUUACGGUAUCGCCUACUCCCGCGCUCCCGUCAAUAUGAGGGGCCUUGUCUCUGCCAUCAACCUCUUCAACACUGGAUUCGCUUACAUCAUCAAUUUGGCCGCAACCAACAAUAUUGUUGACCCUUACCUCGUUUGGGACUUUGGUGGUCCAGCCAUCCUUGGCGGUAUCGUCACCGUCGUUUUCUACUUCUUAUUCCGCCACAUUGACAAGGAAGAGUACGUUCUGUCUAUGAACACUAUUGACAGCACUACUGGAGCACGCUCUCACUUCGUGGAAAAUGAUUUAAAUGAGACUGGGAACCGCCCAGCUCCCAUCGCCGUUAAUGAGCAAAGUAUCAUUUCUCAGAAGCAGUAGAGCUCCACUUCCUCACGUGGUAGCGAUCACAGAUAACCGUCACACCCUUCUUGAUACCCCUUUUUCGGUCAUCAUUCUGGACGACCAGCACUCUUUUGAAUGUAUAGAGAAUGUACUCUGUCUAGAUAAGUUUAGGGGAAAAUAAACGUCAACAAGAGUCAUUAUUUAAA